AUGUCACUCACGGCCAUGAAGGCUGAUGCCGCCGGGAUCGGAGUGGUGGGCGCGGGCGGAACUGUUGCACUAUCCGACUCCCGGGAAUGGGCACCCCCGCCGCCGGGCAACCGAUGUGCCACAGUGACUAUGCUCCUGGCCCAGCGGAUUGCACGCAACGCUUGCUGGUCAGUCGACGAGGAGCCCUCGUACAGUGCGAACAAGAUGAACGUCUGGCAAACACUGGAGUACCUCUCGGGGCUGAGUCUGCGAAAGAAGUACAACUACGAGGGCUUCUCGGACACCCAGAAUGUGAUCCGAACCCUCACGCCAUCCUGGCGCCGCGACAGUUUCGCCGAGAAGGCCAAGGCCGAGGAACUGGCCGGCGGUGCUGCCACCUCGGCGGUCAAGUACACGGACGAACGCUCCUCGAGUGCACCCAUCAUUGCCAUCCAGGAUCCGGGCAUAAGUACCAGCUUCCAGAGCAGCGACAACGUCGCCUUGGCCCUCCGUUCCGCGGCGAAGAGUCCAUCUGGUCUGCGCAGGAAACAUCGCAGCCGGAACCGGAAGCGCAAUGGUCCGCUACUGGAUCCCGAGUACGCGCUUUCGCCGGAGGAUCUGCAGGACCUAGUCAAGUGCAAUUUCAAUUUGCCGCGCAUUAGCGCCCGCCUGGAGCGUCUGAUGGGCACCAAUGUGGUCAAGCUGACGGACCGGAGCUACAUGAAGGAGCUGCGGCAGCGGAUCGACGAGGAUUACCGCAAGCAGCUGCUGUCCCGCAUUCGCGCCCGUGAGUUGAAAGAAGUGGAGCGCGAACGAAUGCUGAUUAUCGAGGGCAAGUCAGACGUAAUCCCAGACGAACUGGCCGAUGAUCCCAUCUUCAUGGUCAACAAAGACGCCAACAUGGAGAUCCAGAAGGAGCGCUCCAAGCUGAAGACCGCUCGGGAGAAGAAUGCGGAGCGUUUGAAGCUCCAGGGCGUGAAAUGGGAGCGGGAACGACUCCAACACGCCGCCAAGGAGGCCGAGCUCUUGGCCAAGAAACGCGAGCGGCAGCGCCAACAGAAAUUGCUGGUGGAGCAGUACAGGACGGAGGAUGCGGAGAGGGGCAUGGAUCUGCUGCGCAUCGACAACGAGGACUGGCGGGAGUGCGAAAAGAGCCUGAAGGAGUUCCUCGAACAGGAGCGUGCCAAAAUGAAGGAGCGUUCGCUGCGCAUAUCCCAGCCCUACUCAUCGGAUCCCCAGGACAUACAGAAUAUAGUGAAGGCCAGGCAAAAGUUCCGUGAGACCGAGCUGCGUAUUCGCAACCAGCUGGAGGACAAGCUAAAGGAUGUGAAACUGGCGGUCACCACUCAGCAGUUAACCGAACUUAUCGAGGAUGCCCAUCGAUCCAGUGGCGAGAUGAUCGUGCGGGAAUCUUCGCUGGACGACGAUGACUUCCAGGGCGGCGAACUGCAGUCCAAGUAUCUGGACGAUGUCACCGACGUCUCCGAGGAGACGGUGAUCAGCGAGGAUGCCAUCAGCCUGACCCUGGCCAAGCAGCAGUACGCCGAGGAACUGGAGGCCGAGAUGGAGGACGAGUUCAAUCGGGGCUUGCUCAUCUCCAAGCAGCAGUACGACCAGCUGCGCUUCGAGGACGAGAAGAUAGUGGCGCUCAGAAAUGCCAAGGAUAUUCGCGAGCUGUAUCAACUGGCCGAGGAGAUCAUCAUGGGCCAGAUCUUCGUGGAGGCACCGGAGGAGGGCGAGGAGGCGGUGGCGGAGGAGCAGGAACUCGAGAUCGCCUCGGACCACGAGGCCCAGGAGUCACAGCCUGAGAAGCACUAGUGUGCAUCAAUUUUUACCAGUUUUCGCGAGUUCUAAAAAUUUGGGAAAAUAUUUGGUUUCCCACCCACGGGAGUCCAGAUAUUUCACCAAAUUGUGCAUUCAUCAGUCAGGCUGGGGAACACACAGUUUGUUAAACAUCGAAAGGGGAAGCGGAUUCGAGGAACGUCAGCUAAACUGUCGCUCAAUCACAGCGUUUAGGUUGAUAACUUGAUAACUGUCAAUAGGGUUUAAUUAAAGCUGUAACGAGGUGAUAGUGCCCGCAUGACAACAAUAAAAAAGCGGCCGAAAGAUCCCAAAACAAACGCGUGAGUCAACUACACAUUUCACUCGCCAACACCAACGCCGACAAGUAUGCUACAAAUAUUUGCCCAGCGAUACGGAUGUGCGUACCGGAAAGAUAUGCGGGCUUAAUUGUGUUCUGAAAAUCGAAUCCAAAAAAAAAUAAAAGAAUCCCAAACCAAAGAGUUUCAGCAAUAUUUGUCCGCUGAGCUUUCAGA